AUGGCGACCGUCUCACAACCGCCUCAGACACCACCGGCGCAACCGCCUCCACCACCAGGAACCACUGUACCUCAGACCAGCCCUCAGCUAGUGCCGUCGCGUCAGCCGCUGCCUCUUUCUGCCUCACAAGAAGGACAAGUGCGAGAGAUCUACCACAAACGAGUACGGAACAAGUGCGCUGAAGAAGUCCGAUUAUUUGCAGCAUGUGCUACCAAUCGAACCUUCACAGCGCCAUUCUACUGUCGACCCGAACGCCGCCAGAUGAACGCCUGUAUGCUCCAGUACGCCAAUCAAGCCGAGCAGGACGCCGCUAGAGAGGAGUGGUUUGCUACUCGCGACUUGCGCCGUAGGGAGAGGGAAGCCAAAGAGGAGAAGAGGAAAGAGCAGGAGAAGUUCCACCGUGAAUGGUGGGGUCUGGAUGAGAACGGCAACCGCGUCGAGAAGAAAGAUACAAAGUAG